AAGAAGAAAAAGAAGAAGACGUGAGUCCGACCAUGACUGCGAUUCGCCACACGCUGCAGAAGGACGUGUUCCUGCCUAACGACGAGCGGUUGCUAGGCGUGGUCCACGUAUCCAAGGCGGGGAAGAAGAAGAAAGCCAGCUUCUUGUGUGCAGCAGCCACCACAGAGAAGCCAGUGCAGGUGUCCAUUGUGAACGUGAAGAAGUCAGACAAGGGAGACACGUACAAGCGCAGACAGACAUGGCAGCUCAGGGAACUCAAACUGGUGGACGGGAAGGACGACACUAAGUUAUGCCAGCGUUACCUGAUAAAGAAGAGACCAGAUUUCGUCAAUGUGAACCCACAACUACUGGAAGAAGCCGUGCAGGUGGGGGAGCUGACACGGACGAUGCCUCAGGGUGCAGAGGAUGUGGUGGAUGAAGAGUACCAAGUCCUGACGGCCCAGGAGGAGUCAGACCUAGAGAAGCUGAUCUCCCAGUGUGACUUCGCCGUGUCCAAUGCUGAGGCCUUCACAGAACAGCUGUCUAAAGACCUGUCCAUGCUGGAUGGGGCAAACAUCCACUCCAUCAUGGCAUCAGAGGAGCAGGUAAAAACCCUGAUGAAACUGUUGGAGGUGAGCGAGACGGAAAUCAACAGGAUCGAGAAACGGCUGGAGAGAUACGAGGGACUUCUGGAGGGUGUUCGAGAACAGAUGGAACAGAUGAAGGGAAAAGACACCCUGAUCCAGAUGCAGAACACAAACUACAAGAAACUACUCAGUACCCUGGACACACUAGUGGGUCAGUUAGACUUGAGCCCAGGCCAUGUGAAGGCCCUUCAUGAGGGAGACCUGAGUAACCCCAGCCACAUUCUGGACUGUACGUCUGCAGCAGAGGCCUUACAACAGGCUAUGGGGGUACAACUGCACCCAGGCCUGUGUAAGAUGCAGGCUGUGAGGGAACAACAGAAGAUGUUUGAGAAGCUGAGGUCCAGUUUUGCCCGUCGGCUGGCCACUCAUCUCAACAGUGUGUUUGUGCAACAGGGACAUGAUAUGGGAGAGACCUUGAGUCACCACACUCUGGAGCCCACCUUACCGAAGCACUACUCUGCACACAGAGACCUCAUGCCUUAUGCUGACCUCAUGCUGUGGCUCAAGGGAGCAGACAUCACCAGUUUUCACCAACUAGCACAGGUGUAUACGUCGAAUCUGAAACGUCUGUACGACCGAGAAAUCAAGGAAUUCUUUGAAGCAGCCAAGUCCAUUCUGGGCUCCAAACCCAGCGCAGUGGACAGCAAGAAAUUUGGUAAGCUGAUGGGGUCCACGGAGAGCUUGGGGAAGAGUUCUGGGUCCAAACUUCGAUCGUCCUCUCUACUGGACAUUGCUGACCACAAGGGGUCCAAUCCUGAUAUUACUGACAGGGCCAAGUUUGAACGGGUGUUGAACAGCAUAAUGAGUGAGUUAGAACCUGUGUGCAUGGUGGAACAGGACUUCAUCAUAAAGUUCUUCCACCUCUCCACGGACUCUACAGCCACUGAUCUCGGCUCCGAUGAGGAAGAUCAGCCAGAAGAGGGAGUUGUAGAUGCUGACGGUGCCAUGUUCAGUAAAGGUCAUACUGAGAGACAAGCAGAGAAGCAAGUCAGCAGUGAAGUUAGGAGGAUGAUGUCUGACUUGUUUGGGAUGUUGGAACCAGAGCUGCACAACUUCAUCAACCAUGCUGACAAGAUGGACCCCUAUAACUCCAUGUACAUGCUGGUGAAGAUCAGUGCUGUAGUGAUGGGGAUGGAGGAGAAAGAUGCAGGGUCAUACCUGGCAACAACUCUGGCCACAUCAGUCGUCAUUGUCAAGAGAAACUUCGACAAACUAAUUCAAGCCAAGAUUCAGAGCAUCGAAGACAUCAAGGUGCCGAAGAACAAGCGAUGUGGCAUCCUGCCGUUUGUGGCCAGUUUUGAGGAAUUUGCAGAGCUAGCAGAGACGGUGUUCAAAGGCUCAGAGCGGAGAGCCGACCUGGACAAGGCUUACGGCAGGAUGGUGAGAACCAUCUUCGACAACGUGGAGCGGGUCGGACUGGAACAUCAGAAGACGCCUCAAGAUGUCGUCCUGUUUGAAAACUUCCAUCAUUUGAAUGCCGUUUUUGCAAGACUGAAGAUCACAUGUCUAGAGACAGAGAAGAAGGAAGCGCGACACAAGUACAAGCAGCACCUCAACGCUUACGUUAUAAACUGGCUCGGACACCCCAUGGAGAAACUUAAUCACUUUUUUGAGGGUAUCGAGGCCCGUGUAGCCCAGGGAGUGAAGGCAGAGGAAGUCGGGUACCAGUUGGCCUUCAGCAAACAGGAGCUCAGGAAAGUCAUCAAGGAGUACCCCAUGAAAGAGGUGAAGAAAGGCCUUGACAGUCUGUACAAGAAGGUGGAGAAACACCUGUGUGAGGAGGAGAACCUCAACCAGGUGGUGUGGCGGUCCAUGCAGGAGGAGUUCAUCAGUCAGUACAAGCACUUUGAGGACCUGAUCAGACGCUGCUACCCCGAGUCUGGUAUCACACUGGAGUUUACUAUCGACGAUAUCCUAAAGUUCUUCUCAGACAUUGCACAGUCACACUAGCUGUGGCAUAGCCUGGGAUUGUGUUCAGUUCAGUUCGAUAAUGUGUUCAGUUCGUUCAGUUCGAUAAUGUGUUCAGUUCGUUCAGUUCAAUAAUGUGUUCAGUUCAGUUCAGUUCAAUUCAUCCUCGAAUAUAAUGCGUAGCAUAGGACUAUCACGAGUCCUGUCGAUACAGUCUAGCAUCUUUUGCAUACACACAUGUACCUGUUGAGAGGCAUUGAUAAUGUGUAGCUUGCAUGCUUUGCGGAAUUUUCGGAGCGACACCAUUUAUUGUCUUCGUGAGCGCUGGUACGCGAUUUUUUGCAUGUGCUAAGUAAGGUUCUCAGCUCAUGCAACAGAAGUUAUGCCAUGGAGAGAGUUAUGUCUCUCCAACAAGCAUAGGCUAUAUCUAGCCCUCCACCUGAAAAGAAAGUGCGACUCUAGCCACUCGUAGAAACAAAUACUGCAGGAGGCUAAUUAAUAAAAUAAGAUCCACAUCAAGUACCAAGAAGAAAACAUUUGCUUAAUUUAUACUAAAGGAGCACAUUCAAGUAGCGUGAAUUCAUAAAGGAAUGCAAAAAUGUACAUAGCAACAAGUGUGACAGCAGUAACUAAUUUUAAUUAUCAGUAAAAAUAUAAUUUGUAUGGUACUUUGUAGGCCAAGAAGCUGCAAUAUUAAUUUAAUUACGAAUCGCUAUUAGCUGUCACAGAAUUGCAUUCCUUAGCGUUGGAGGGUCCAACCAGGAAAUAUGCGUAUUAAAUAAAUGGUACUUUACGUGUAGUGUAAUUUUUACGUCAGGGUCUCUUGAUAUAACAGUUACAUUGAACAACUCAUAAUACAUUAUCUAUCAAUUAUGUGUAGCAGAAUUGUAAUAUGGAUGAUUUUAUAUUAAGAUUUGAUUUUUGCCAUAAUACACAGUCAGAAAUUGAAAUAC